GGAUGGGCAUGCUCGCCAGUGUAUAUACAGAUGAUGAAGAGAGAGGCAACGCAAUGGGAAUUGCACUGGGAGGCCUUGCUAUGGGAGUAUUAGUGGGGCCACCUUUUGGGAGUGUGAUGUACGAGUUUGUGGGGAAGAGCUCUCCGUUCCUCGUGCUGGCUGCACUAGCGCUGUUAGACGGAGCUGUUCAAUUAUUUGUUCUGCAGCCAUCCAGAGCACAAGCAGAGAGUCAGAAGGGGACACCGUUACUGACACUUUUGAAGGACCCGUAUAUCAUUAUUGCAGCAGGAUCAAUCUGCUUUGCGAACAUGGCAAUUGCAAUGCUUGAACCAGCUUUACCCAUCUGGAUGAUGGAGACAAUGUGUUCAAAAAAAUGGCAACUUGGUGUCGCUUUUCUUCCAGCUAGUAUCUCUUAUCUCAUCGGGACUAAUCUUUUUGGGAUACUUGCACACAAAAUGGGAAGGUGGCUUUGUGCUUUACUCGGGAUGCUAAUCGUGGGAAUAAGUAUUUUAUGCGUACCAUUUGCUAAAAACAUUUAUGGGCUCAUAGCACCAAAUUUUGGAGUUGGGUUUGCCAUUGGAAUGGUGGACUCCUCCAUGAUGCCAAUUAUGGGCUACCUCGUAGAUCUGCGCCAUGUGUCGGUCUAUGGCAGUGUGUACGCGAUAGCCGAUGUUGCCUUUUGCAUGGGCUUUGCCAUUGGUCCAUCUGCUGGUGGAGCCAUUGCAAAGGCCAUUGGAUUUCCAUGGCUCAUGACAAUUAUAGGAAUUGUGGAUAUCCUCUUCGCUCCCCUGUGCUUUUUCCUUCGAAGUCCACCUGCCAAAGAGGAGAAAAUGGCAAUACUCAUGGAUCACAACUGUCCUGUGAAAACAAAAAUGUACACCCAGAACAUCCAGUCCUACCCCAUAGGAGAUGAAGAAGAAGAAUAUGAAAGCGAUGAAUAA